GUCAAAAGCUGACAUUCUCAAACAUACAAAUCACCAUUUGCGAGAUACAAACAAAUUAAGUCAUUAUUUUGCACUGAACAAGCUAAGGAGAAGUAUAAAGUUUUCGCUCGAUCCGGAAAUUUUCAUAAUGACCAUUCAUGGAGCAUUGGUAGGAUUAUUUGCUUUGUGCAUCAGUUGGCAUUGUGUGGUAGGUUUUGAUCGUGUUUUUAGCACUUGGACUAAAUUUUGGUGGUGGAACGUGGGCUCAAAAUGGCCAGCAAGCGUAAAAGACGUUUUGCAGAGCACUUAUGGCACAUGUUCGACAAAAAACUACUGCUUUCAGCGGUUACCAUCAUGGACACAGGAGAGCAAAACUGAAUUAUUGGCAGUAGACUCGAUGGGUACCAUAUAUUUAUGGAAAUUUAAUCCCGCUAAUCCUACGGCACAUGCGUGUUGGCUUGCUCUUCACGAUCACAAGGAAACUGCUUCAAAAAAGAUCUUGAACUUAAAAACUUGGAAUCCAAUCGUCAUUGAAGGACGCGCACCAAAAGCCAACCAAGAUUCGUUCAUGUAUCGAGAACAAAAUGGAUUGAAAUCACUUCUUCUUGAUGACGACAACUGUGACUGUUUAUCUUCGUUGAGUCUAGGACAUGGCAUGUGUGGUUCAGGACAUAACAGUAAAUUUGGAAAAGAGAUUGGAGUCGAUGCCCUUUACGAUCCCGGAUGUAACGGACCUCGACCAACUAUUGGAUUGUCUUUGUACUUCCGCCAAGAAAAAAAGAUAUUUCUGUCCGACUUUGGAGGGGAUUGGGAAGCAUUUUGGUGGUGGACACCUGGAGCUCCAUGGCCUGUGCACGUGAAAGACGUGCUGCAGGAUUGUUACGGCACGUGUUCCAAAUAUGAUCAUUAUUGCUUUCAGAGGCUACCAAGUUGGACUCAAGAAAAUCAAACAGAACUUCUCGCAAUUGAUUCACGAGGGACUGUCUAUCAAUGGAGUUUUGAUUCUUCUAAUCCAACAGCGCAUGCAGCUUGGCUUGCCUUUCAUGAUCAUACAAGCGGCGAGAUAAAGAAUUCCAAAUCAUGGAACCCCAAGACGUUGGUUGGUCAGCCUCCAAAAUUGAACCAAGAUUCUUUUUUAUAUCGCGAUGCAAAAGGAUACAAAACAGUGUUGUUAGAUGACGAUAAUGGUGACCAUUACAACACCCUGAGCAUGGGACAUGCUUUAUAUAAGCAAGGAUUGGGAGUAGACUAUCUCAACGACACUACACAUUAUCCCUCAAUUUCAAAGGGGUUGACGUUGUAUUUCAGGUCACGUGGACAAAGAAAUGCCACCAAAUAUGGUAAAUCUUGGAAAGGCUUUUGGUGGUUUACAUCUGGUGCCACAUGGCCUAAAAGUGCUUCCACUGAUGUUCUUGCACAUCCUUAUGGAACCUGUAGCAAUAGUGAAGCGUUCUGUUUUCAACGUUUGCCAGCCUGGGCCUAUGAAGACAAAACUGAACUUUUAGCAAUGGACAAUGCUGAUAAUGUAUACCUGUGGCAUUUUAACUCAACAAAUCCCACCUCUCAUGCAGCCUGGAGAGCAUUUCAUGAUCAUACAGAGACUGGUGUAGGGGUUGUCAAAAACUCUCAUCCUUGGAACCCUAAAAUUUUAAAGGGAAAGUCAAACAAUAUAAACCAAGAUUCAUUUAUGUAUCGUCUUCAAGAAAAGACAAAGUCAAUUCUUCUUGAUGACGAUAAUUGUGACUGUUUAUCUACCUUGAAUAUUGGUACAUCAAUGUGCGGUGGUAACUCUGGCAUUCCAAAGGGUCUUGGUGUCGAUAAGCUGUAUGAUCCUACUUGUGGCGUGCCUCAAACUUCAAAUGGACUCAGUUUGUACUAUCGCACAGAAAUGUCUUUCGUAGACUUCGGUAUGGAGUGGACACCAUUCUGGUGGUGGACUAAAGAUAUUUCCUGGAAUAAAACAGAGAAAGAUGUACUUGCUUAUGAAUAUGGACAUUGUAAGAAAGAAGAUAGUUAUUGUUUUCAGCGUCUACCAAAGUGGACCAUGGAGGAUUUUACGCAUCUGUUGGCAGUCGAUUCCGCUGGCACAAAAUAUUUGUGGAAGUUCGAGGCUAAAAAUCCUACAUCCCAUGCUGCCUGGCUCGCAUUUCAUGAUCACAAAGUAACCAUGGUGGGCAAAAUUAAGAACAACAAAGCUUGGAAUCCUCAAGUUAUGAACGGUUUAAAACCGAAAAAGGACCAAGAUUCAUUUAUGUAUCGUGAGCAACAGGGAGUGAAGUCGUUACUACUUGACGACGAUAACUGCGACUGUCUGUCUUCCCUUAGUUUGGGUCACGGAAUGUGUCAUUCUGGCUUUAGUACAUCAUUCGGUCCAAUAAACAGAUUUGGUGUGGAAGAGCUCUAUGAUGAAAAUUGUAAUACUCCACGUCCAACUGUAGGCCUUGUUUUGUAUUUUGCUGCCUCACGUCCCAUGAGCCUUUGUAUGUAUGGUGGUGAUUGGUUGGCUUUCUGGUGGUGGUCUGCAAACGCCAAGUGGCCUUCAAACGAAAACGACGUGCUUGGGUAUGCAUAUGGAACGUGUAGUCCUCGUGAUCAUUAUUGUUUUGGCAGGUUACCACAGUGGGCUCAGGAAGACCUUACCGAAUUGCUAGGUGUAGAUUCUGCAGGCAAUGUUUACAAAUGGAAGUUUGAUUCCAAAAAUCCUACAGCUCACGCUGUUUGGCAAGCAUUUCAUGACCAUCAACAAACGCCGGCGGGAAAAAUAUUGAAUAAUAAAUCUUGGAAUCCGAAAGUGCUGUCUGGGAAAAAACCAAAGGUCGAUCAAGAUUCGUUUAUGUAUCGUAAACAAAAUGGAAUGAAGUCUAUUCUACUGGAUGAUGAUAACUGCGACUGUUACACUACUCUAAAUAUUGGACACGGCAUGUGUAAGUCAUCUCAUGACACCACAUAUGGGCCUCAAAAUCAAUAUGGCGUCGACACAUUAUUUGAUAACUUAUGUCAAGUUCCUCAACCCGAUAACGGUCUCACUCUUUACUUCCGCACAACCUGAAUGUGACACUUGAGUUUUUUACUUUCUUUGUUUUAUAGCGGUUUAGUUAUUUUUGCUUGUUUACUUAUUUUUUGCUGAUAAGAAAUUUUUCAUAGAAAGCUAUCGACUUUGUUACAUGUAUGCAUAAAUUACAAAAUCUUGUUUUGUUCAGUUUUGUUAGCUUAUCACUCCUAUAAAGCUGACAAAUAAUGUAACUAACAAGUACAAAAUAUGGUUUGAAUACUGAUAAUUACAUUACUUUUGUAUUAGAAUUAUUAUAUAAGUUUUCUCUUAUAUGAGACAAAUUAA